AAUUAUGCUAAAAAUUAGGAGAAGAAAAUGAAACAAAAGGAAUUAAACGACUAAACCCCUAAUUCAUUUUUUGGUAAUUCAGAAUCGUUGAAUACAAAUCGAGAAAGAAAUCCUCUUCUUUAUCAUCGAUUCAGUCUUUGAUAGGUCAAAUCCAAAUCAAAUCCCCAAUUUAUCUUUCUCUCUAAUUUUUUUUUUCCAAAUCUAAAACCCUAUACAUCGCAAUUGCAAUCGUAUACAGCUAUAAUUAACUACGAUUGGCAGCCUCCAUAGAGACUUCAAAAAGACAGGGGAGUCAUGCUUCUCUAUCGGAACGAUAUUGCCCUUCCUGUAAGCUUUUGCUUUUCAUUGUUUACCCUAAAAUUGACAUAUGCAGAUUUUUGCCAGUUCUGCGGUUCUUAUGCGGAUUGUAAGAAAUGAUGGUAUGGAGGAUCGUUAUAGCAUUUUUGAUUAGAUUUGAUAGUCAAGAUUCUGCUGAUAAAUUUUACAAGCACUUCAAUGGAAGACAAGGAGGAGGUUUGUCGUGUGCUUUUCACGGUGGAUGUGCAUUACACUGGUUCCAUUGAACAUAAGCAAUCGUCUUCGGCAGGCCCGGCUGAUCAGCAGCCCGUUUGUCCAGUUUGUCUUGAGAGACUAGAACAAGGCAUGGGUGGAAUUCUGACAACUAUCUGCAAUCAUUCUUUUCAUUGUUCUUGCAUUUCGAACUGGACCGAUUCUUCUUGUCCGCUAUGCAGAUAUUGUCAGCAACAGCCUGAAAAAUCAAUUUGCAACGUUUGUCAAACGUCUGAGAAUCUCUGGAUGUGUGUGAUAUGUGGAUCUGUUGGCUGUGGAAGGUAUACAGAGGGACAUGCAAUAACACAUUGGAAAGAAACGCAACACUGUUAUUCUAUUGAAUUAGAAUCUAAGCGUGUGUGGGAUUACGCGGGAGACAAUUAUGUUCACCGUCUUAUCCAAUCUAAAACUGAUAGAAAAUUAGUUGAACUGAAUGCUCAUUGUGUUGAUGUUAAUAAUAGGUGUGGAAGCUAUGAACUGGACCAAUCAGUAGAUUGUGGAUUUAGUGAGGCCCUUUUGAACAGUAGAGUUGAAGCUGUAAUAUUGUUAAUGAGUACAAUGAUCUGCGCUCGGAGCUUCACCGUGGUUCAAUGCUUGUAUAGCGAGGAAUAGCAUCGAGAUUCGUUCUUUAGCUUCAGAUUUACACAGUCUAUGAGGGUUUUCUUCCUCCGCGGGAGCUUUGAUUGGGUACUCCUACUACUACUUUUCUCUGUAAAACUUUUUUUCUUUUUCUAAAAUAAAAAAUAGAAUAUUGUUUUAGUUGCCUAAUUUUUCCACCUACAGCUACAUGAUCUUUUUUUUUAAGAGUGGUUAAGAAAAAAGAGUGAUAUUUGCUUCUCUGUUCAGCUAUGGCUCGUUCUCCUCCAAAUGGGAAGGAUUCUAGGUUUCACAAGUUUCCUCUCAUAGGAAAAUGCAGUAAGAUGGCGCUAAUUUACUCGGAAGCUCAAAGUCCCCACACGAAGAUUGCCCGUACAAAUCUCAAUGAAUUUCUCGGUAGCCUUGAUAAUCUCAUCACAUCUUAUUAUUUAUUAUUAAUCUUGUAAUUUAUUAUUUAUAUAUGAUCCAUCACAACUUUUCUUGGGAGUAUAUUUUUUCAUAAAUAGAAAUAUAUUAAAACUUAUUACUAAUUAUUUUUACAAAAAUAUAAGUUGUUUGUCCAAAAAAUUACGGAGCAAUAUCAGCCAAAAAAUGGAGAAUUCAGUUGUAUGUAGAUCCAAAACGAA